AUGUGUCUACAAACCUCCCCAAGAGGAACCUCAGCCUCUCUGAUGCUGGGACUUACUACUGUGCUGUGGCCACAUGUGGGAGACACUGUUUGGGAACAGGACCAAGCUGGACAUUCAAUGUAAUUCUUUCACUUAUUUUACCAAUUUACCAUUUCCAGAGUUUUAUAGCAUGAUAAUUGGUAACCUGUAUUGUAAGAUAAAGUGUACACUAUUACCUGAAGUUAUUCAAAUAAAACAUUUUAUUUGAUGCACAUGUCAUUGGGAAUGCAAGGAAAGAAAAAGAGGACCUAGAGGUAUAGAAGGGCUCGUAUUUGCAUCUAAAGUGCAUAUUAAAAGCUAAUAAUCGACGUAUGUUUGUUACAGUAAUGUUCGACAUGUGUCCAUGUAAAGGAAAAUAUUUCUGCUCAAUGAUGUUAUUUGACUUUAAGUCAUUUUUUUUUUUUUUGUUUUUUUCUAAAGGGUUGUUAAACAAGCAAAUCUUUGGUUUUUAAAAAAACCCAAAACCCCCAUAUAAAUUUUUAACUAUUUUUUUUAUUUUAUUAUUUUAAAAUUUUUAUUUAUUUUUAUAUUAUAAAUUUUUAUUUUAAGUGAGACCUAUUUAAGUAAAAACCUAAAAAAAAGAAAAAUUGGGGAAAAAAAUUUAAAUUUUUCCUUUUCCUUUUUUUUUAUUCAAAAAUAAUGAGGAGCCACCCAAACCCUUUUGGGUUUCUUUUGUGGACUAAAAACCCAAAGGUCCUGCCAAAGCUGUGUUCUUCCCUUCAGAUCUACCUGGGGCAGUCAAGGAGCGCCCCUAUUGGUUAACAACCACAACUCCCCCAAAUUUUUAUCCACACAAGGGGGUGGGUAAAUGCCCCCAAAAGAAAGAUGAACCAAAAUGUAAAGGUGUCACAUUUUGAAAAAAAAGAUUUUUUUUAUAUUUAUGUAAUCCGAUCCUUUAUUUAAAUUAUUUUUUUAAAAAAGGAAAAUAAAACAGUUUGGGUUUUACAAACUAAAAUGUCUUUCUAACCUUUUAAAAACCCUAAAUAAAUUUUUUUUUAAAAAAAAAAGUGUUCAGGGGUGGUUUGGAAAAAAAAAUUUUUGGGCAUUAAAACCUCUAUGGUUUCCCCAUGCCCCCCCCUAAUCAAAAUCACCAAAAAAGUUGUCCCCUUCCUCAUGGGGUGUAGAUCUAAACAAGAAUCCCAUAGUUUACCGUUUGAUUAGGGUUUUGGGAAAAUUUUAAGUUUGGUUUUUUCAAUUUUUUUUUAGGAUUUAAUGGGUGCCCUUUUUUUUUUGGAAAUUUUUUUAAACUUUGUUUCUCUUCAAUUGACCCGGGUGGUUUCCUCCUCCCCAGGUGCCCUCGGGUAAAAGACUUUUUUAAACUUUUAAUUUACUGGUUUUUCCAGGAAGUUGGGUUUUUCAAAAAAUUUAAAAACCAGAGUAGGCAUCCCUCUUCGCCCGAUUAACUUUUACUUACAAUGGUUUUUUAGCCAAGGAAAUUUUUCAGCCAUCUUUCCUCAAAUCAAGGGGGUUUUUAUGUUCGGUUUAUUUUGGAAGUUGAUAAAUACUAUCUCACGGGGUUUCCGGGAAAUAAACUUUUCAACAAGUUCAUACUCCUGGGAAAAAAACAUGUUAGAUUUAAGAUUUAUUUAGAAAAAAGGGGGAAAAAAUUUUAAAAAUUAUUAAAAGGGUAACAUGGGAAAAAACCCUUUUAAAUUUAAAAGUUAAAAAAUUCUAAAAGAAAUAAAAAAUUGGAAAUAGUUUCGUUAAAUGGUCUUUCUAAAUGGGAAAAAAUUUUGGUACCAUAAAACCAAAAAAUAAAAAUUUAAAAUAAAAUCUUUUUUUACAACCUAGAAAGGGUUUUGUUUUUUCGGUAUCCCCCAAACUGAAAUUUGGCUUCCCAAUAUAAAAAAUUUUUUCUUUAAACCCCCUUUACAUAUUAACCCCCAAAAAAAAAUAAAACAGGAGAGAGGAAUUUUGGUUUUUUCUUUAAAACCCAUGCAGGGGGGGGGGUUGGGGUGGAAUCACCUGCGUGCUCAUUUAAACUCAGCUGGCUCAUCGACGGCGAUUUCUUCCUGAGUCUUCUCUUCUCUCUUGGCUUUUCAGUCUAGUCGUCCAGUCGCUGAAGAAUGGGAGGCUGUUGAGGGAAGUUCCCUCUUAUAGGGACACCUGUGCUCCCAUUGGCUGCAGGGUGUGCAUAUUUUUGCUUCAGGCUGUUGCUGCCUUAGGGCAGAGGGUAAACCACUAGGGCAGAGCUCCCCUAUGGGCGGAGCUCCACAAUAGAACUAGAACAGUGGUUAUAUUCAUAACUCUACGUUUUGUGCUGACCAUUUCAGAUGCAAGGCAGUCAGAUAUUAGGAUACAGUACUUUGGAAACUGUGACCUUCGGAAAGGUGUGUUUUUGAUAUGAUGGUAAGUAACACAGAAGUUUAAUAAACGUAACUGUCUGGCUUUUUUAUGUAGAAAUUAUGCCAUUCAUAUGGAAUCAUAUAGAGCCUUGGCUUUAUUGCAAAAUGUGGCAGAUUCCAGUACCAAGCAUCUCAUUCGGCAGCUUGUGUCUAAGUCAGUCCAGCCAAGAGACUCUGACUCUGAACUGUACAAUACACACUGA